CGGCGAUAUCAAGCGCGGCCGACGCGACGCACCGACAACCGGUCGGCCAGUAACGGUCGGUCACAACUCAGUACAUUCUCUGCCCUGCCCUUGAACGCUCGGCUGCCCGGUAGCUCCUCGUGGCGCCCUUCGAGUCGCACUUGACAACUGACAGAUCAACAAGUGGCCGCUAUGUCAAAUCCAGUAAGCCCGUCGCUGAAAGACUUGCCCAAGGUUGCCCUCGACUUUAAGAGCGAACUGGAAGGGUUCAACCACGGGUGUAUGAAGCACGCUGCCACCGCCGAGAAGAAUGUCCUGCCCUCGGCCGAAGACGUGGCUGCGGAGAAGACUCAGCAGACGCUGAUCGCCGGCAUCGAGGCAUUCGACCCGGCACGAUUGAAGCAUACGGAAACGCACGAGAAAAAUCCACUUCCUGAUAAGGAUGCCAUCCAGCAGGAGAAGGGCAAGCAGCAGCUUAUAUCCGGAAUCGAGAAUUUCGACCCAGCCAAGCUGAAACAUGCGGAGACCCAAGAGAAGAAUCCUUUGCCGACCAAAGAAGCGAUCGACGCAGAGAAGAUAGCCGCUUGAAAGGUGGUGGAUCGUUCUACGAUCGAAGGAGCGGCAGUCCGUCAUUGCUUCCACUGUCUAUGUCCUGAUAUUUCGUAACGAUAAAGGCAACUUGCAUUACCCGUGCGACCGCGGGCGCGAUGCACCGCGACCAAUGUAAUCUCCCAAUUAAUUACUUAUGCUCCUCGCGCGUCACAUUAAUCCCUGGGUUGAGCUCCAAUCGGGCGCGAAUUCCGAGCCGGCGUUACCCUCGAGCUCCCUAGAUAAAGAAAGGAGAAAUUAGCAAGGCGUAUCGCGUACAAGCACUCCGGGAGUGAGAAAAAAACCCGCGGCCUCCUCACCAGGGCGUACUCUCCUGCUCGGACGCGCCGGGCAUUCCUCCGCUCGACGAUGAGCCGUGGGUUCCUUCCCGAUUUUGUAAAGCAUCUCAGACCCAGCGAAAUUCUCGCGAGACGAGUCCUGGUCUCCAUUAUACGUCACACGCCGCUCUGGAGCGUAUAUUAUAGUUUCCUCGCCGAUGGAACGCACCAUCGGCGACCUUGCAUGCGUUACAGUCGUCAUGGCGGUACAGCGGUUGGUAUACUUUUGUAAAAAUCAUAUUUUAUAUAACGGGCUAUUGUACUUUUUUAAUAUUCAUACAUUUGCAUUGUCAAGCCGAUCGAAUGAUUGCGACGAAUAAAUGAUCAUUUAUAA